AUGCAGGUUGUCACCGACGCGGAGGAUGCGGUGGAGACGGUUGCUAUCCUGGCAGCAGCCGUGGGAAUCGAUGAGGAAGGUCCUGAAACAGGGGAGACCCAGAUCAAGGCCAUCCAAGACAUCGAGAAGCCAGGGCCCUGGUAUUUAAAGGGUCUGGAGGAUUGCUUCCGACCUGAGAGUCGCAUCAUAUUCAGAAAGAAUCCAAAGCUAGGAGACGAAUGCAGAGAAGCCCGGGCUGCUUUGAAGAUCUGCUUAAAUUCGGCGUCCAGCAACUUGAUCGAGGCACAGAAAGCCGUCACUUGCUUCGAUCACUGCUGA